UUUGUGUUCCAGCUUCUCGGUCUUAGCAUCCUGGCCGUGGGCAUUUGGGCGUGGACCGAGAAGGACACCUUCAACAACCUCAGCCGCCUGACCAACAUCGCACUCGACCCCGCCUUUGUCCUAAUACUCAUCGGAACGACGACGUUCGUGAUCGGCUUCACGGGCUGCGUCGGUGCUCUACGCGAGAACACCUGCCUACUCUCCGCAUAUGCCAUCUUCCUCGCCAUCCUGCUGCUCCUCGAGAUGACAGCCGGCGUCUUAGGCUUCAUUUUUAAAGACUGGAUAAAAAACCAAGCCACGGAGGGUUUCCAGGCUUUCAUAAUCCACUAUCGGGAGGACCCGGACCAACAAAACCUGAUAGACUGGAUACAGGAGGACUGGCUGCAGUGCUGCGGCAUCGAGGGCCCCAAGGACUGGGACCGCAACAACUACUUCAACUGCUCCUCGCGCGAGGUCGGCAGCAGGGAGGCGUGCGGCGUGCCUUUCUCCUGCUGCAAGCGGAAACCCAACGAAAUUAUCAAGAACAAACAAUGCGGAUAUGACGUCAGGAAACCAGGUUAUCAAUACGACGUGGCCAAGAUCAUCAACGAGAAGGGCUGCAUCCAGGCCGGCGAGGAGUGGAUCGAGCGCAACCUGCUCGUCGUCGCCAUAGUCGCAGUGGCCACCGCCUUCCUGCAGAUACUGGGGAUCUGUUUCGCCCAGAACCUCAGGGCUGACAUAUUUGCACAGAAAGCAAAAUGGCAUUGACAGUUUCGGGCCCCCACUGCUGUCUAGCGACAAACAUUUUUGAAGCAAGGUGUAAGAAGGAUGCAUAAACCAGUGCAGCUUUAAACUGCUGUUGGACAUCCUUCCCAUCUUUCUUCUCAGUGUGGGGCCCGUACAAAAAACUGUUGACAACAAACUCAACUAUUGAGUUUAUGGACUGCUAAUGCAUGGACAAAAUAAUAUUUGCAAGAUUAACAAUACUAAUUCAACAUUCUACAGUGAUGAUGCAAUUGUAAUAAAAUGAUAUUGUAGUGCUGUUGCUGAUUUAUAAAGUGAUGUGUCAAACUUCAUAUAUCCAAACAGUGUGGAAUAUAAAUAAUAUUUUCUGGAACAAUUGGAUAUAAACUUGGAAUAGUAAUAUUAACUGAGUUCUAUUGCUGUGAAACAGUAUUUUCUGUUAACUGCAAAGUGCUAUUCCAUAUGCAAAGAAUAUAUUAUGCUAUCUGUUUACAAAAUGUGCUAUUGCAUUUACUAUAAUACCUGCAGGGAUGAAAAAACUCUUUGCCAAUGUAAUUUUUCAUCACAUGGUAUGUGAAAUAUUAAACUUGUAUAGUGAUUGAACAGUACAUCUUGGAUUACUAUGCUGGAACAUUUUUAUCCAUUUGCUUCUGUUGCAGUGCAAACUUUUUAGAAAGGUUUUUUUAGGGAAACUUUUUUUACAAAUUCAAUAUAUUUCUGCAUAAAUAUCUUAACUCAUGAAAAUUCAAAAAUCGUUUUGAUUUUCUAUGUUUCAUAAUCCUGUUUCAGGAUAAAAUGGGCUACACAGUGACUGCAACGUUAUAACUAGGAAUGUUGCAUUGAUUUUCUGUUUGGUCUCCAGAGAAGUAAAAAUAAUUUGGCAUUAAAACUGUUUCCAUUGACUGGGCAUAACAUUCAUCAUGCUAUAGUAUUUACAUUCAGUUUGUUUCCAAAUUACUGUGUUGUUGAGAAUAUGUAGUGUAGCUCAGUUAAAAUUAAUUUUUAAUUGUCACUAUUGCUAUAAGCAAAUUGACCUGCAGAAGUUCAUUCAGAUUGAUACCUUCAUUGUGUUCUACAGGAUGUUUACAAAGUGUAUUGACUUAUGGGUUGUGGUGUUGUUACAUUUAUUUGUUAACUUAUUUAAUUUUUUGUGACCAUUCAGUAAUAUGCAGAUAACAUUAUCAGUCACUUCUGUAGAAAAUAUUGGAUUGUAAGUGUUAAAGAAAUACGAAAUAUGACCACAACAUAUCCAAGAUAGGAUACAAUACAAGUGAAAGCCUGCUGCAGUAAUGGUGAAAAAUUUUUAUCAACAUGUAACUUACUGUAACAUAAAUAAAUUUUUGUAUGUUGAAAUGUUUGGUUAAUUAUUUCAUCUUUUUUUAACACAAUUACCUUUAUUACAUCAUAUAGAGUCUUCACUGUUAAUGUUGCAAAGUUGAAGAAAUAUUGUCAUUUUAAGGUUAGUGAUAGUAUCUGAAAGAAUCCAGAUAAGUCAUAAAGUCAUCCUUACCAGAUAUAGUACACCAUUGUGACAGGUAUCACAUGUAAAUUCAUUUAUAAAAUAUUGUUCAGUAAUAUUAUUAUGUGAAAAAUACUCAUUCAUUUGCUUAAAGAUUAUGAUAUAUAUUCACUCUCUGAAAUUGUAUAAAAUCUAAAUUUUUAUAUUUGUGUGAAUAAUGUGUGAGGCUGUGUAAUCUUUUCCAGAAAAUAAGGUUUAUUUCCAUGUAUCAUAUUUCUCAGAGCAGAAGAUGAUGUACUCUCUCUGUGAAAUUUUUAGUUUAUUUUGGUGGUGGCACAUCUGUGAUUCUAAUAUUAAGUGGGUCACAAUCUCAGCAUUAAUGUUUUUGUAAUUUUCACUGAACAGUUUUCUCCAUUGUACUAACACGGUUACAGCAUUUCCGGCUUUUACUUUUAUUUGUAACUGAUAUAAUUUAUUGUUACAUAACUUAAAACUAUUGUUUUCAUAUAAAUGUGAGAAUGACAAAUCAGAUUCCAGAACUCCAAUGUAUUUUGAUGAAUAUAAGCAGUUUAAAUGGAUUAGCAUUUCAUAUUUUUAUAUCUUGAAAUUACUAAUUGAAUAUUCUGUAACCAUAAAUUCUUUUGUACAUGACUAUGUCCUGCAAAUUAUAAGCUACUAUGCAGCUAAGGAAAUACUUGACUUUAAAUUGCAUAUGUUUUGAAUCUUUUGUAUUUUUUUAGUAUUCUAUCAUUUUAAUUUUUUAUGAAGGACCUAUAAAAAGUUAUUUUAUUUUGCCUUUGUUAAAUUUCUUUUAGUGAAUUUUGAAGUACUUUAAGAAGAGUGUACUAAUGAUAUAGCUAAGUAAUGUUAACUUGUUGAGAUGCAUCUGUUGAACCAGAUGAAAGGCUUGCUAUGUGUUGAAAUCUGUGCUGACCAAUAGAUCCUGACAAUCAUUGUUUCAUAUUAAUGUAAUUUUGUCCUUAUAAGAGAUGGGCAGCUAUAUAUGAAUGUUCAGAGGUCUUUCUGACAUUGAUUAGUACAGUUUUGAUUGAGUAGCAAUAAUUUUUGAGGGGGUAAAAUGUAAUCAACAGCAUGCCAUUCACAUUGUCUUUGAGUUUAUUAAUUUAAAAACUUAUAUACCUUGUGUACUCACUCUUCCCUCAUACAUAAUUAUUCAUUUUUACAUUUCAUAGACAUUUCUUACAUGUGUCAUAGUCAAAAUGUUUUCCUUUAAUUCUAAGAAACAUAAUCUAAGUUAGUUUCAAACUGUACACUUUUGGAAUUGGGCAUGGUUGUAUUCCAAAGUUAAAUAUGUAGAAGAGUCAUAUGGAAUAACUGAUUUUGAUUCACAGAAUCGUCAUGACUCUGGUUAUUUGUUACUGUCAGAAACAAUUAUGUUGCUUUACCCAAAGCUUCUUAGCUACUUUCAUGCAUGCUGUCUAUACAGUUACAUUUCUCUGGUAAAUCAAAUGUAUCACAAGUUAACAACAUGUUGUUAUUAUUUAUUUGAGAAUGAUAUUAACAAUCAGUAUUGCCACAGGUGUAUGUAUUUGUGUACUGUCUAUGAAAAGUUCAUUUAAAGACCAACUGUUAUUAUGAUAUGUCUGCAGAUUGACUAUUGCAUGUAUUUGUUCCUGAUAGGGUUGCCAAUAAAGCAGUAGAAAAGUAUACUAGUUAGUAUUUGUCAGAUUUUCAGGUGUGUUUUAAUUUGAAGCUAUCCUAGAUUGUGUCAAUGAGAAAUAAAUAUUUCGUGUUCUGGUAACUUAUUCCAAACUGUUAACUUCUCAGUAUUUUGUGUUUGUUUAGACAUAAUAUUAUUAUGAUAGUUUCAGUGCAACAUCUACGGGAAAUAUUUGCCAUUGCCUCAUUUUGCUCAAAAUUGCUAACUUGGAGUUUGAAUGCCAGAUAGGACUUUCAUUUUACAAUUACAUUACUAUCAUUUUGCUGUCUGUUUUUGUAUUACUGAAAUAAGCACUACAUUGGAGCUGUAUACUAUUCUUGAAUAUAACUAUAAUUAGUUGACAGUAUUGCUUUCAACUGUUAUUUUAGUUGCUGUUUCACUCUACGCACAACUGAAAAUUGUUAGUGUAUCAUGAGUGCUGUAGUGGCUCAAGUAAAUAUAUUUUGUGUAUUGUAUUGUAAGUGGCCAAUGAAUACAACCUUUAUACAAUCUUAAGAAAUAGUCACUGGAGGUGUUUGUCAAAAUAACCUGUGAACUACAGAUCAUUUAUUAUACAUCCUUAUACUGAUCAAGUUGUGUAUUAUUUUCACAAAAUUAUAAAGGCUCAUGUUCCUUCUUCCAUUGGUAAACCGGGAAAUAUAUGCAGAUAACUCAUUUUGCAGAUGUAAUAUCUCAAAACAAAGUUGUUUGAAACCGAGGUGCCAUUGCUCAUACGAGCUUCCAAAAGCUAACAAAUAAACUAUGAUUUUCACUCAGGUUCAAAACACCAUAUUUGUGAUCAAUCUGUGUGUCAUUUGAGUGGUUCUCGUGGAAUUAGCAGCAAAAUAUAAAAUUAUCAUCUAAAGACAUGUCUUUUGAUAUUUUUGAGUGCACUUUUUGCUGAGUUCCAUGUGAAAGUGAAAGCUAUGUCACGAGUUUCAACUGUAUGCCAGAAAUACUGUGUAAUCCAAAUUGUAAUUUACAAAUUGCUGUUUUAUUAAUAAAAACCAUUUGUACUGUAAUAAACAAAUCAUCAGACAUUCACCAA